AUCGGGGACGUCAUAGGGUCAUUUUUAAAAAAGGUUUCCCGCGAACAGCGUGAUUGGUUUCAAUUUCGAGAGGUUAUUUUAACAGAUGAAUCAAUUAACAACAUCGCGUUUAUUGCUUCAUGCAACAAUACCAAUUUCAGCUGCUGCUUAUUUGUUAUGGAGUCAAGUUUCAUAUGGACAAAUGUUUGUAUCUCUUUUCAUCAUUUUGGUGAUGGAUUUAAUUUAUCUCUCAUCAGUUAUUAUUUCCAAUUUAAAACCUAAACCUUCAACUAUGUUGUUUGAUGGUAAGAAUGUUUUAAUCACUGGUGGAAGUAGUGGCAUUGGAUUUGCAUUAGCUAAGAAGUUGCUUUCAUCUGGAUGUAGCAAUAUUAUUCUGCUGGCAAGAAAUGAAGAUCGCUUAAAAUCUUGUGUUAAAGAACUCGAUGCACUAAAGUCUGACAGUCAACGUGUCUCAUAUUUGUCAAUGGAUUUGUGCAAAGAAACUGAGAUUGACAAUCAGAUUAAAAAGUUAAUUGACAACAUUGGUACUAUUGAUGUUUUGAUCAACUGUGCGGGUUUUUCUGUUCCUGGACAAUUUCAACAUCUUGAGAAAAAGACAUUCAAAGAAAUGAUUGAUACAAAUUAUUUAGGAUCUGUGUACCUGACUCAUGCUAUUAUUCCCCAUAUGAUUAAGCAGAAGUUUGGCCAUGUUGUGUUUCUAUCUUCUGUUGGUGGCCAACUUGGUGUGACAGGCUUUACAGCCUAUUCUCCAUCAAAAUAUGCAGUUAGAGGGUUUGCAGAAGUGUUGCAAUCUGAGUUGCGACCUUAUGGUAUUGGUGUAAGUUUAGUGUUUCCACCAGACACGAAAACACCAGGAUUUGAGACAGAAAACAAGAAAAAACCAAAUGCCACUCGCCUAAUAUCUGAGCAAGCUGGUUUAUGGGAAUGUGAAGUUGUUGCUAAAAUCAUAAAAUCUGGUGUUGAAAACCGUCAAUUUAUGAUUGGAUUUGGUACUGAUGGGUAUUUUGUCAAUGCAUUAACCUGUGGAGGGGCACCUCCAGGUUCUGUGUUGGAGUUUUGGAGUCAAUGUUUGUUGAUGCCCUUUCUUCGUGUGUACAUUUUAUUUUUGCAAAAUCACUUUGCAAAUAUUAUAAGCAAUGAACAUAAAAGGAGCCAGCAGGACUAAUAAAUCAUUUUUAUUAUUAAUUUUCAUUUGCACACUUUGAUUUUGUGGCAGAUGUCCUAUACUUGUAAGAACUUUAUAUUUUUGAAUCUCAAACUGAUUUUUUCUUCUAGGCAGUUGUUAAGCCCAGUCUUGUUUAUUGUUUUAUGUGUAGUGACUACAAUGUCACUUAUUAUGAGAAAACUAAACACUAAGUUCGUAUGUGUGAGCUUUUAGAUAUUUCUUUUAUUACAGGAAAAACAAAUUAAGAUUAGUCCCCAGACCACUGCAGUUUUUAAUCAUUUUAUUGAUCACAAGUAUUUUUUUGUUUAAUGAGUUUAAACUUACAAUUAUGGUCCUAUUCUUAAUAAUAUGGUGAAAUCAAUACCUUUAGAAUUAUUUUAAUUAUUUUAUUGUUACAUAAUUUAAUAUUUCCAAAUAUAAACAAUCAUUAUUAUAAUAAUUUAGUGUGAUCAUACCAACCGGGUGUUGUAAAAGCUUACUACAUACAUAAAUAUGCCCAAAUAAAUUUUUCAGCUUUUUCUUUUCCCCUACUUCACAAUAAUGCUGUACACUCUGAAAUUCAUCUGUGCAGUUAUCCUAU